AGGUUUGGUUGCGCCGUAGCGACGGGCCUCCAUUUUGUCCGAGCUGCAGCGGCCUCGAGUUUUUCCUCCCCGGCCCCCGACCCAUCGACUCCUCGGCAGCCCGGAGCGGCGGCGGCAGCGGCAGCGACCCGCCGGCGAAUGCACCUCCUCCUCCAGCGGCGGCGGAGGACGAGAGGAGGCGACGAUGGCCGCCGCUGUCAACCCGGUUGUAGAGAUGGCUUCGGAGAUCGGGGGACCGCUGUCUGUGGCUGGAAGCGCUGGAUCUGCGGCUCAAACCCAGGAUAGUGGGGGCAUCAUGUCUCGAGCACCCAAGAGGCACCCAGGCCUUGACUUUGAUGAUGAUGAUGAUGAUGAUGACGGGGAAGGGAGCAGCAAGUUUCCAAGGUGCGAAGGUGACGAAGGGUCCAAUGACAAAGAGAGAUUUGCCAGAGAGAACCACAGCGAGAUCGAGCGACGGCGGCGGAACAAGAUGACGGCCUACAUCACGGAGCUGUCGGACAUGGUGCCCACCUGCAGCGCCCUGGCCCGCAAGCCCGACAAGUUGACCAUCCUGCGCAUGGCCGUGUCCCACAUGAAGUCGCUGCGGGGAACCGGCAACACCUCGAUGGACGGCACUUAUAAACCCUCCUUCCUCACGGACCAGGAGCUGAAGCACCUGAUCCUGGAGGCGGCGGAUGGUUUCCUCUUUGUGGUGGCGUGCGAGACGGGCAAGAUCAUCUACGUGUCGGACUCGGUCAUGCCAGUCCUCAACCAACCGCAGUCGGAGUGGUUCGGGAGCAGCCUGUACAACCAGGUCCACCCCGAAGAUGUGGAGAAACUACGGGAGCAGCUCUCCACCAGCGAGAACGCCAUGACAGGGGCAGGUCGCAUUUUGGAUCUGAAGACUGGGACAGUGAAGAAGGAAGGUCAGCAGACCUCCAUGAGAAUGUGCAUGGGUUCACGACGAUCCUUCAUAUGCCGAGUUAGAUGUGGGAACGCUCCAGUGAAUCCAGCGUCCAUGAACAGGCUCAGCUUCCUGAGAAACAGAUGCAGAAAUGGCCUGGGACCCCUAAAGGAAGGAGAGCCUCAGUUUGUGGUAGUGCACUGCACCGGCUUCAUCAAAGCAUGGCCUCCCGCAGGUGUGACGUUACCUGACGAUGAACCAGACGGGAGUCAAGGAAACAAGUUCUGCUUGGUGACUAUUGGCCGUUUGCAGGUCACCAGCUCGCCGAGUUGCGUCGACAUGAAAGGCAUCAGCCUCCCGACCGAGUUCCUCUCCCGCCACAACACCAACGGCAUCUUCACCUUCGUCGAUCACCGGUGCGUGGGCACCGUGGGAUACCAACCCCAGGAGCUGCUGGGGAAAGAUAUUGUGGACUUUGCCCACCCUGAGGAUAAAGGACUCCUGCGCGACAGCUUUCAGCAGGUGGUCACCCUGAAGGGGCAGGUGUUGUCCGUCAUGUUCCGCUUCCAGACCAAGAGCCGAGAGUGGGCGGUGAUCCGGACGAGCUGCUUCACCUUCCAGAACCCUUAUUCCGACGACAUCGAGUACAUCGUCUGCACCAACACAAACGUCAAGCAUUUGCAGCAGACGCCCGCUCUCACCGGACCCGAGGAGCUGACGUAUGAACACCCGCAGGUCGGUGUCCAGGCCCCAGCCACAGAACGCACCAAGCCCACCAGCAAGACGGAGCCGCACUACAACAGGGAGGCGGACGCUCGGUACGCGGACAUCUACUCCGGAAUCACCACAGUUGACCAGAACAAGGCAGUUCCAUCGAGCCCGGCUGCUGGGAACCAGCAGAUCUACCAGCAAGGGACCUCCUUCCCGUCGGCACGCCCAGCGCAGAACUUCAGCACCGGGAUGGCUCCGUCGGUGAAUGUGGUGCAGCAGCCCAGCGCGGCGGGACAGAUCCUGGCCCAGAUAUCCCGGCAGUCGUCCGGCGGCCAGGUUUCCGGGAACGCCUGGAGCGGAAGCCGUCCCCCGUUCCCGGCACAGCAGAUGGCGAUGCAGGGAGUGAAAACGCAGUCACCUCCGUUUGGAAUGGGAGCGAACCACAACUUCCCGGCCAACGCGGCUUCCUUCAGCCCCCUCGCCAAUCCCGCGGUCACGCCCGCAGCCGGUGGCACCGCCUACCCGCCCCUCCCCAACCGCACCCCUGCUUUCGCAGAGGCUGGGCAGACAGGCGCGCAGUUCCAGAGUCGGCCUGCGGAGGGAGCGUCGGUGUGGCCGCAGUGGCAGGGUCAACAUCACGGGCAAACAUCGGCCGAGCCGCACGCACACCAGCCUCAGAGCCAGCCAGAGGUCUAUCAGGAAAUGCUGUCCAUUUACGAAGAACAGAACGCCACAUACAACAGCGACGAGUUCUCCGAGCUGCCCAUGUUCCCGUCGUUCUCGGAAUAGCCCGGAAGGGCGGGGGAGGGAAACCCGCCUCGUCUGUAGUUUUUUUUCUCUUUCUCACACACCCCACUCUCCCCUUGACGAAAGCGUGCGUGUGUGUGUGUGUGUAUGCGUGCGCGACUGUGUGCUGCAAAAGUAUCUCGGCCUUGUCGUCAAGACUUGAAAAAUGGCGUUGGGCCGCCCUGACUUGUGCUCCCGUCGUGUGUUGUGGCCUUUGUGUUGUGCGCUGAACCGGGAGAAAUGUUGUGGCAAAUGGUGACUUGUCUCGCUACCCCACGAAGCUGGUGAGUGUCCCUCCCUGUGGUGUUUAGCCGCCUGCUCUUUGACCAACUUGAUCCCCUCGUCAGAGUCACACAGGCCUCUCGCCGCAACUUGCCCACGCCGACCAACAUGCCCUGUGACUGUGCGUGGGUUUUCUCCGGGUGCUCUGGUUUCCUCCCGCACUCCAAAGACGUACAGGUUUGUAGGCACAAAUUGGCUUGGUAAAAUUGUUACCUAGCCGUGUGUAGGAUGGUUCUGGUGUAUCGGUGAUCGCUGGUCGAUGCAGACUCGGUGGGCUGAAGGGCCUGUUUCCACGCUGUAUCUCUAAAACAAUAACUAAAGUCAGUAGAGUGUUGGCAAACCGAAGCACAUCCCCGAUCAGCAAGUGUACAUGAAUACGUCCACUGAGCCGCAUGCAGGAGGCGCCAAAUUCAAAGUCCAGCCUGGGAUUUUGGUCCUCAUGAGCGCUGCCCGUUCCAGGCAAGCCCCAGGCUUGAGUAGCCUCAGAGUGAGGCCUUAAACUCAAGAUUGAAAAGACGUCUGGAGAAUGGUCCCGACCAGAAAUGUCAGCCAUCCUUUUAUCUCCAGAGAUGCUGCCUG